UCCAGUCCAGCGCGCACGUCGCUGCAGGUCUUCUCUGCGCUCACGCGUUUUAUUAUAUUUUAUAUGUUUACACACUUUUUUGGGUGGGUCUCGCUCUGCGCUGCUCUGUCAUGCAUUUUGGACCGCGUGGAUCUCGACGCGUAAACUUUAUUAAAGGAAAGUUGCGGCGCGGGUGAGAUUGUUUGACUUAAUGGUCACAAUAUGACCAAAAUCCGGAGUUUGUCGGCGUUACAGACAUCAAGCAAGUAGUGUGCGCGCACUGUGGACAUGGACUAUGGAGGCUUUAAGUCUCUCCGUCAACGCAGUGUCCUACACUGUGGCGGCUGAGCUGAGUCCGAUCGAUGACCCAUUCGCUGGACCCAUUCAAAAUAUCGCACCGUGGAACUUCACCGUUCUGGCCCUACUCAUGUUUGUGGUCACUUCUCUUUCUCUAAGCGAAAACUUCCUCGUCAUGUUUGCCACUUAUAAGUUUAAACAACUCCGACAACCACUGAACUACAUUAUAGUGAACUUGGCCAUUGCAGACUUUCUAGUCUCUCUCACAGGAGGACUCAUAAGUUUCCUCACAAAUGCAAGAGGUUAUUUCUUCUUGGGCCGCUGGGCUUGCGUGCUGGAAGGCUUCGCUGUCACUUUUUUCGGAAUUGUAGCCCUGUGGUCUCUGGCCGUUCUGUCGUUCGAGCGAUUCUUCGUAAUUUGCAGACCUCUUGGCAACAUUCGACUGCAAGCCAAACAUGCCGUCAUGGGUCUGCUCUUCGUCUGGAUCUUUUCCUUCGUUUGGACCUUCCCUCCCGUGCUGGGCUGGAACAGAUACACUGUCAGCAAGAUUGGAACAACUUGUGAGCCUGACUGGUAUUCAACAAACAUCACUGACCACAGCUACAUCAUCACUUUCUUCUCCACUUGUUUCAUUCUGCCUCUGGGACUUAUCUUCUUCUGCUAUGGGAAGCUCCUGCGUAAGCUCAGGAAGGUGUCCCAUGGUCGUCUGGCCAAUGCCAGGAAGCCUGAGCGUCAGGUGACCCGUAUGGUUGUGGUCAUGAUUAUAGCAUUCAUGGUGGCAUGGACACCAUAUGCAGUCUUUGCUAUACUGGUCACAAUUCACCCAACGAUUGAAAUAGAUGCGAGGUUGGCUUCCAUCCCUGCAUUCUUCUCCAAGACAGCUGCGGUGUACAACCCAAUAAUCUACGUGUUCAUGAACCGACAGACAAGCCGCACGGAAACAGCGACAGCUGAACAAAGUGCCGCUCUCCCGAUGCUGCCUACGCGCGCGCCAACCGGGAAGGCGGAACUUCGCGCGUUCAUCUCUGAGUUUAGGAAGUGCAUCAUCCAACUAUUUACCGGCAUUGUGGCCGUACCAGAAAGCAACAUGAACCAGACAUCAGAGCGACCAGGAACCACUGCGGACAGUCAAACUGGUGAAAUGGCUGCCAUUGCGGCCCGUAUCCCCAUCGGUGAUACAACAUUGCCGAGGUCUGAGGAUUCUCCAACUGACUGUGGCUCCUUUGCUCAGCUCCCCAUACCAGAGAACAAAGUGUGUCCUAUGUAACAGUGAAAACAACAACAAAAAACUAUCCAUAUUGUAGCUUGUGACUAGCUGUUUUCAUUCUUGGGCUCAAGAUAUAAAGGAUGAACUACUUUUUUCUUUGAAGCUGUCACUUUUGCAGUACGUUUAAAUUGUAGUCCCUGAAGAAAUAAAUGUAAAAAAGCAUAUGAAGAGCUGAAGCACGUCACCAGAGUCAGUAUUUAAAAUUUGAAACAUCUGUAAGUAUACAGAGGCGCAAAUAAGUAUUUAGUCAACCACCAAUUGUACAAGUUUUCCUAAUUGAAAAGAUUAGAGAGGCCUGUAAUUGUCAACAUGGGUAAACCUCAACCAUGAGCGACAGAAUGUGGAAAAAAAACAGAAAAUUACAUUGUUUGAUUUUUAAAGAAUUUAUUUCUAAAUUAGAGUGGAAAAUAAGUAUUUGGUCACCUACAAACAUGCAAGAUUUUUGGCUGUCAAAGAGGUAUGACUUACUCUAACGAGGUCUAACGAGGCUCCACUCGGUACCUGUAUUAAUGGCACCUGUUUUAACUCAUUAUCGGUAUAAAAGACACCUGUCCACAACCUCAGUCAGUCAGUCACUCCAAACUCCACUAUGGCCAAGACCAAAGAGUUGUCAAAGGACACCAGAGACAAAAUUGUAGACCUGCACCAGGAUGGGAAGACUGAAUCUUCAAUAGGUAAAACGCUUGGUGUAAAGAAAUCAACUGUGGGAGCAAUUAUUAGAAAAUAGAAGACAUACAAGACCACUGAUAAUCUCCCUCGAUCUGGGGCUCCAUGCAAGAUCUCACCCCGUGGCGUUAAAAUGAUAACAAGAACGGUGAGCAAAAAUCCCAGAAGCACACGGGGGGACCUAGUGAAUGACCUACAGAGAGCUGGGACCACAGUAACAAAGGCUACUAUCAGUAACACAAUGCGCCGCCAGGGACUCAAAUCCUGCACUGCCAGACGUGUCCCCCUGCUGAAGCCAGUACACAUCCAGGCCCAUCCGCGGUUCGCUACAGAGCAUUUGGAUGAUCCAGAAGAGGACUGGGAGAAUGUGUUAUGGUCAGAUGAAACCAAAAUAGAACUUUUUGGUAGAAACACAGGUUCUCGUGUUUGGAGGAGAAAGAAUACAUGAUUGCAUCCGAAGAACACCAUACCCACUGUGAAGCAUGGGGGUGGAAACAUCAUGCUUUGGGGCUGUUUUUCUGCAAAGGGACCAGGAGGACUGAUCUGUGUAAAGGAAAGAACUAAUGGGGCCAUGUAUCAAGAGAUUUUGAGUGAACCAAACACACAGCCAGGGCAACAAAGGAGUGGCUUCGUGAGAAGCAUUGCAAGGUCCUGGAGUGGCCUAGCCAGUCUCCAGAUCUCAACUCCAUAGAAAAUCUGUGGAGGGAGUUGAAAGUCCGUGUUGCCCAACGACAGCCCCAAAACAUCACUGCUCUAGAGGAGAUCUGCAUGGAGGAAUGGGCCAAAAUACCAGCAACAGUGUGUGAGAAGCUUGUGAAGAGUUACAGAAAACGUUUGGCCUCCGUUAUUGCCAACAAAGGGUACAUAACAAAAUAUUGAGAGGAACUUUUGGUAUUGACCAAAUACUUAUUUUCCACCAUGGUUUGCAAAUAAAUUCUUUAAAAAUCAAACAAUGUGAUUUUCAGUUUUUUUUUUUUCCACAUUCUGUCUC